AUGACUGAUAAUCAUAAAGGUUGGCACGAGCAAUUGCCUUAUGCUCUACUAGGAUACCCUAUUACAGCCAGAACUUCAACAGAAGCAACUCCAUACUUGCUGGUCUACGGAACUGAAGUAGUCAUACCCGCUGAAGUUGAGAUAUCUUCCCUGAGAAUCGUUCAGGGGGCAAAAUUAGACAAUGCUGAAUGGGCCCGAACUCGUUAUGAACAAUUGGCUUUGAUUGAUGAGAAAAGGAUGAUUGCUGUCUGUCAUGGUCAGUUUUACCAGAAAAGGAUGGCAAGAACUUUCAACAAACGAGUCAAAACCAGACUCUUUCAAAUCAGGCAACUGGUGCUCAAAAGGAUUUUUCCGCAUCAAGAGGAAUAUAAGGGGAAGUUUGCUCCCAAUUGGAAAGGGCCUCACGUAAUCCGCAAAGUACUCUCCGGAGGAGCGGUAGUAUUGGUCGAAAUGGACGGUCAAGAGUGGCUGAAACCGAUCAACUCCGAUGCAAUCAAGCAUUACUAUGCAUGA